GUUUCGCAACCGAAGGUCUUUGUCCUUGUUCCGAUCAGAGAAUCUCGAAACGGAAGGGGGUUCCAACUGAACUGUCGAACCUCACCGGCCAGGAGCUAGGUGUUCCCUAACUGUCUCUCUGUUCCUCAAUCGGACUUCGUUUGGAGGAGAGAAGAGAAACAGCGAGGAUAGAUCCGAGGAAUUUGUCGGAACCAGAAGGAGGAGAAGAUGGGAGAUAUCUGGACAUGGCUUAUUUCCUUCUUCUUCCUCAUUGCUCUUGUCGGAAUCAUCGUCUAUCAGCUUGUUUGCUUAGCGGAUCUAGAGUUUGAUUACAUCAAUCCUUACGACUCUGCGUCGAGAAUAAAUUCCGUGGUUUUACCGGAGUUCAUUGUUCAAGGAGUUCUAUGCGUAUUCUACCUCUUAACAGGACACUGGGUCAUGGCACUCUUAUGUAUACCCUAUCUCUACUACAACUUCCAACUUUACUCGAAACGACAACACUUAGUAGAUGUCACCGAGAUCUUCAACCUGCUUAACUGGGAAAAGAAGAAACGGCUGUUCAAACUUGCUUACAUAAUCCUUAACCUCUUUCUCACUAUCUUCUGGAUGAUUUAUUCGGCGCUUGAUGAUUAUGAGGACUAACUGAUGUAAACAUGGUCAGUUUUCUUCGGUUAUUGAUCUGAUUGAAACCGCGCUUCAAGAUACAGUGCCUCGUGGACAUGAAAAAGAAAGGAUAAGUGUUUUGUUGGUUAAAUGGAUAGAUGUUUGUAAGAGUAGUGGCAGAAAGAUUUGUGUAUCUAUUUUGUUUGUUACAAACAUUUUCAGAUCUUGAGCUAACUGGUUUUAAUCUUAUGUUUUGAUCAAUGUUUGCACAAGCAAUCAAGCUCGUAAA